UCAUGUUUUUGCUUUCUUGAUGGACUCUUACACGAAAACAGGGACAGUUUACCUUCAACCUCGCAAAGCUGGUAAAAAAUGGAAGCUGGUGUUGUUGUCACUGGUUCUACCAAGCAACAAUGGAGUGGGUCGAUUGGAGAUUCAGUUGAUAGGAGGUGGUGGUGGAGGAAAAGAACAUGGUGCCGGCUUGAGGAGACAACAUCAGCCUCAAGAAAGCAAGGUCAAAGUGGUUCGACUAUCUGAGCUUAUUAGUGUUCUGAGACUCCCACCAAAUGCUGAAGCGUGUCCCAUGGAGAACAUGUCAGCCUUUUGUGUGGAAUCACAGGAGAGAACGAUGGUGUUUGCUACACAAAAAGAUGACUGUGUGGACUGGGUAGAGAAACUUUGUCAAACAACAUUUCAGAAGAGCACUGGAUCAGGCACUAAUCAGCUUCACAUGGAAGAAAAUCAGAUUUAUGUAUCAGGAUAUAACGCCACAGAUUUCUGUGUGGUAGUGCAAAGGACAGAUGCAGCAACACGCUGUGGACUGCAGGGUGCAUACUGGCUACAAGUUGGACAAAAGGCCCUUCUUCUGAAAGAUACUCAAAAGGCGAAUAUUGUUGGACAAUGGCCAUAUGAACUGCUGAGGCGAUAUGGUAAAGAUAAGGUGACAUUAACCAUUGAAGCAGGAAGACGAUGUGACAGUGGUCCUGGAACAUUUACCUUUGAAACACAACAAUCUGAGAAAAUUUUCAACCUGAUCAAAAGCACCAUCAAGCAAAGGACUUUAGCUGUUAUAUCAGGCAACCUUCACCAGGAAGUAGACAAAGCUUUAGGACCAAACAUUCAAACUUAUUCCUCUCUCCCAAAAGUAGAAGCUAUGACCAGUAUGGCUUCCAUUCUGGAAAACUGCAGGACACAAGGAAAAACAUUUCAAGUCGCAGAAAACAGCAUGGGAUGUCAAGAUGAUUCCACUCAUUCAUUAGAAAAUAAAUCAAUACAACCAGCUCCAAUCACACGUCUGCCUCUUCCAGUGGUCCCCAAACUGGCCAGUCCCCCUGGGUGUCUUCAUGCUAGUCAAUCUGAAGUUGAAUAUGCCAACCCAGCUGACUGCAUCCAAAAUAUACCAAAACCUCAAGCUACCAUGUCUCAUGUGUACAUAGACCCUGCAAGUGUUCUUCCCCUCCAUCCUCCAACUUCAAAAGAAACUAUAAAUACAGUUUCCAACUCUUACACACCACACUCUUGCUUCAUUGUCAAUCACCCAGAGUCUGUUUAUUCAGAGGUGUACGAUAAAGUCAGUCUGGACAAGAAUGAAUCAAAUGCAGAGUGGAGUGAACAAUAUAAUAUAAAUUUCACAGAGGAUGAACCAAUUUAUACUGUACCUGUGAGCAAGGAAGAUGAUUCUGAUCAAGCUGAAACCAAACCAGAUUCAUUUUCCCACCUCUAUGCUCAAGUGAAUAAAACAUCAUCAUCUAUUCACUUUGCACACCCACCUCCCCCAUCUUCGCCAUCUUUAGCCAACAGCAUGGCUGCUUCCAAAAUUUCUGAUAGCUCUGCUGAUGAUGUCAUCUAUGAAAACCUGGGCAUCAUAUAAUUCAGAUGAAUAUGAAAAUCUACAUUAAGGCAUCUAAAGCAAGUCCUGGGACUGAAUAGGCUAACUCCAAAAUUAUAUGUACAUGCCUGGUCCACAUUUUCAUUUUCAGAUGUGUAUACAUUUAUAUGUAUUCUAUCAAUGUAUCUAUUUUUAGC